UCGACCUCGCCGUGGUGCUUCAGAAGGAUCUAUUUUUUCCGGCCCGACUGGGGAUUUUGCUCAACGGCGUCUUGUCGGUCGACGAUCCCCUUCACCUGAACCCGACCCUCUUGCACAAGUUCACUGUGUGUGGUCAGCUGUACCAGUGUUCGACGCUCCGCAUCAACCCACUCUAGCUACUACGUCGUUCCCACGGGCUGUAGUAUAUCGGUCUUAUUACCAUACUACUAUAAACUCGUCCACCAUGAAGCGUGGUCAGAUCGACCUUACAUACCGGAGACCGUUCCCAUCCCCGCUACAAUUGUACAUAAGCCAGCUAUGGUAGCACCUUAUACGCCCAAGAAAGACGGUCCCAAAGUCACCCAAAAGAAGAUCGACCAUAUUUUUGCGGAAUACAAGCCGGUCUUCGAUGACCUGUCCGUCCAUCGACUAUCUGAUCACUACAGUGGCGGCGAAGGAUCACUGUUCAUGUAUGAUGCGUUAGAGUUGGAUGCUGAAGCCCUUAAUCAUCGGGUCGCUAGUACCUUCGUCCAGGGUCAGAUCACGGUACUCAACGGUAGUUCGGGAAGCGGAAAGAGUCUUACGUGUGCAAAAGGCCUUUUGAAAUUUGGCGGCAUCCCUUUAACCUGUCCGAUUGGAGCAUACGGUGCGUUGUCCGACGAAGCCAACGCGGGCCGUGGCUCUCAUGACAUGCGGGCCGCGGUAGAGCACCUGGAACAGCGGAGCCAAUUCAAGCAGAUCACCGCCGAUCCUGACCAGGAAGCUACUAACCGUCGUCUUGUCAAGGAAUCCUGCAUGUGCCUGCUUGCUAGUCACCUCUUGGUCAUACGCAAAAUUCUUUGCAGCCAACCGCACGACCUGUCUUGCGAGAAGCGGAAGCAGGAAUGUGGUAUUUUUCAGCUGGAUCCGAUGUUCUUUCGCCCGACUCCGGGGGGCCAGGACAUUUUUCAGCGUCUAUUCAAAGUGCUCCGACGUGCCCCAUACGACGUCGUCGAGGCCUUCGUGGAGAAUGACUGGGAGUAUGUCGAUUGUCACCACCCGGAUGUCGUCAAGGACUUUUCGCUGUGGGUUGACGAGGCACAGGCCUUUGCAUCUAAGUUCGACUCUAGCGCGCACUUUCUCUCCGCCGAGUCCACCACCAAGCCCAAACAGCCUCGACCGCUUCUGACCCCGAUGGUAGAAAUCUUCAUGGGGCGCAGAAUAUUCAAAAGAUGUGUGAUCUCUGGGCUCAGUCUGUCGCCGAAAAUCUUCGAUGUCGCCCUGCAGUCUACGACGGCUCGUUUGAACUCGCGUAUCGUGGAACUCACUAUGUCAGACGGAUUUUUGGACAAGGCGGAGCAACGGCGCUAUAUAGUACACAAACUCCGGCCCUGGGCUGACGAGAUGGGUAUUUCCGAGGAAUCCUUCGACUACCUCGUCCUUCGUAUGACCCUCAUACUUCGUGGUCGAUAUCGGCUCACGGCGUGUUGUUGCGAACUGAUUUUGCGCACAGGAACGAAAUCUCCUCACCGAUUUCUUACCGCAUAUGUUCUGGCACUGGGAAACUUUUUUCUUACGGAUGGUGGAAAGUUUGAGUCUGCUGAGUCUGCCCUAUCAAAGAGAGAGGAAGACGCGAUAAACGCUACCGGCCAAAUAAUCGACUGGGACAUGUUCGAGGCGUUCGAUCAGGACACCAAACGUCGUGUUUUCGAGAUGGUGACACGCUUUCUUAUGCAAGGUCUGUAUACUGCACUGGACGGCAAUCAGAGGAAGUUAAUCGAGGUCGGCAUUGGCCAUCUCACCGUCGCCAAGAGCAUCUCCCCCCGCGUUGUCCCCGAAGGGCCAGUGAUCUCCACCAACAAUGCUGCCCCCGACGACGGAAACCUCUAUCAAUUUCACAAGGAAGUUGCGUUUCUGGCGAAUCUUCGAGUCCAGCUCGUCGCUAUGUUUAAAGGGCCAGAUGGCAAGUGGCGCGCCACCCAAGCUGGUCCCGGUUUCGGACCUUCCCCCCAGAUGGGCUAUAAGGUAAACUCCCCCAAGGAAUUCCUCAAGCAUUUGGAUGAUGGUGGGGCAACAUGCAUCGUCAAUCCCGACAUUUAUCAUGGCGGAGAUCACAUCAGGUGGUACAAGGUCUUAGGGAGCAAGCACUAUAUCAUGGUCGUGGACCAAGCCAAGCUCUCCGCCGGGAAGGAUGGCGAAUUUCGGCCGGAAAUGUUGACGAAGGCUCUGCGAGCUAACAAUCCCAGAAGAUACUACAGAACCAAGGGUUCAUCAAAGAAGAGGAAGUGGCUCGUCAAGGAGGGCAAGGAGAUCCUCGAAUGUCUUAAGGAGAUGCGGAACGCAGAAGACAUCGAUUCGAACAACACCUAUGACCCGUCCGUUCUGCCACCAGAGCUCACAGAGGAGAAUUUCCCCCAUACCAUCUGUGGUUUUUCACUCGCAGGAUCGGCCCAGCCUCCCGCCUGGUUCGUAUCUGAGAUGCACAGACGCUUGAACUGUCCCGGCCAGGUUCCAGCUUUGAUGUUGAAUAAGCCGUUCGAAAAGCACCUUGGCCCGUCUUGGCGGUUUGCGACCACCGCCCAGAACGAGCCCGUCCGUCCGUUGGGGAGAAUGGAGGGGAGCGCUACUGCCUAG